AGUCAAAGCAACUGGUCACGGAAUCAGUUUUCAGACAGAUGGACUGACAAGUGAUCCGCCUAGUUCUGAACUGCCGUCUUGCCCCAAAGGAAGGUUUUUCCUUUCCUAGUUGCUGUGUUGGCAGGGCUUCCUCUAACCAUGAAGGUUCUAACCAUUUUGAUUCUGUUAGAAAUUACAAGCUGCUUUCCUGUUUUUUCAAGUAGCAUUUCUCCAGUCCAUUGCAGAUGGAAUCCAUAUGGUCCUUGGUCAGAGUGUGAUGGCUGUACUAAAACUCAGAUUCGCAGGCGGACUAUAGCAGUUUAUGGACAGUUUGCAGGAAAUCCAUGUUCAGGAAAUUCAUUUGAAACUCGUUCAUGUGUUCCCACAAGAGGUUGCCCAACAGAAGAAGGAUGUGGUGACCGUUUCAGAUGUUCUUCAGGACAAUGCAUUAGCAAAUCUUUGGUGUGCAAUGGAGAUCAAGACUGCCUGGAAGAUGGUUCCGAUGAAGACAGAUGUGAAGAAGUCAAGAAAAUAUGUGACGAGAAGCCCCCACUAAGGACACCUCCUAAUGUAGAACUUACAGGAACAGGCUUUAAUGCCCUUACUGGUGAAAGCAGAGGUGAGGUCAUUGACACUAAGAGUUUUGGUGGCCAGUGUCGGAAAGUCUUCAGUGGUGACCGGAGACAAUAUUAUCGUCUGAGUGAAAAUGUCCUUGCUCAUACAUUUGAGGUGAAAAUUGAGAAUGAAUUCAGCACUGAAUUUUAUAACAGUACCUGGUCUUAUAUGAAAGAAACAGAGCAUCGUGAAACUGGAAAUAAUUACCAGUACAAAUUAAAUCAAAAUCAACAGCGCAGUUCAGAGAGUAACUAUCUUAUGGUUAUUGAGAAUUCAGUGGAAGUUGCUCAGUUCCUCAAUAAUCAGCCAACAUUUUUAAACCUUGCGGAGCCCUUCUGGAAAGACCUUUCUAACCUUCCCUUCUUCUACGAAUAUAACACAUAUCACCGACUAAUUGAACGAUAUGGAACACAUUUCCUGCAUUCUGGAUCUUUGGGAGGAUCUUACAAAGCCAUUUUUCAUGUGUCUACAAACAGUGUUAAUGCAAAAGGCCUCAGUAUAACAGAUAUGCAUAAAUGCACUACUUCUGGAUGGAAUUUUCUGAUUGUAAAGAAAAAGAAAGUAGAAUGUGAAGACCUCAAUGAACUGUUGAAGCAGUCUUCAGGAGUCCACAACAAUCAGAUUAAAGCUGACCCUUAUGUAGAGGGAGGAGAUCCUGGAACUGUGGCUGGUUUAAGUUAUUUAGACGUGAACAAUCCAGUUGCAAAUACUGAACGAUAUUCCCGCUGGGCUCAAUCAGUGUCUCUUUAUCCUAAAGUUAUUAAACAAAAGCUGGCACCACUCUAUGAGUUGGUGAAGGAAGUACCGUGUGCCUCAGUCAAAAAACUGUACCUGAAACAAGCAAUUGAAGACUAUUUGAGUGAAAAUGACCCCUGCAGGUGCAAACCAUGUCAGAAUGGUGGUCAGCCAGCUGCGGAAGGAACUCAGUGCAUAUGUUUCUGCAAACCAUAUACCUUUGGACCAGCUUGUGAGCUGGGAGCUCUUGUGCAAGACCAGCCAGGAGUCAUUGAUGGAGGCUGGAGCUGUUGGUCUUCUUGGAGCCCAUGUACAGCAGGACGGAAGUCUAGGAGUCGGAGUUGUAAUAAUCCUUUCCCAAGUGGUGGUGGAAGAUCUUGUGUUGGUGAAAGCCUUCAAAACCCUAAGUGUGAGGAUGAAGAGUUGCAGUAUUUUCGAACAAUAGAGCCACACUGCUUUGAUAUCUCUGGAAUUGUCAGGGAAUCCUGCCCAGCACCACCUCCACUGGAAAAUGGAUAUGUUCAGGAUACUGAUUCAUCUUAUCCUGUGGGGAAAAGCAUCCAUUACGCUUGCAACACUGGAUACAUAAUUGUGGGAAAUCCAGUUGUUACCUGUGCUGGAGGCUUGAAAUGGACCAUUGGAGAAAUCAGCUGUCAGAGAACGGCUUGUGUCUUACCAAGGUUUGAGGGAGGACUGAGUGGAAAUCCAGUGAAACCUUCCUAUCAGAUUGGAGAGAAAAUUCACCUGUCGUGCCCAAAUGACAUGCAGGUAGUAGGAGCGUCUCUUCUUCUAUGUGAGCCUAGUCUGAAAUGGUCUCCUGACCUUGCUAACAUCCACUGCAGAAAGCAAGUUGCCCCUACAGCUACCCAUCCAACAGUGAUCCAGUGCCAACCAUGGGAGAGAGUUCAUGAGACACAGUGUGUGUGUAAGUUGCCAAAUGAAUGUAGCUCUUCCCUGGAUGUCUGUGCUAUUGACCCAAAAACUCAGAGAACUAUAUGGCUAACCAUCUGCAAGCUACAUGCCCUCGAAUGUGGGGAUAGGCACUACACUUUAGUGGGUGAGAGAAACUGCAGAGCCCGUAGCAUAUCAGAGAGAAAUUGUGGAUCCUGUCAGUUGUGGGAGAACUGUAAUGCAUCCACCAACAAAUGCACAUGCAGAGAAGCUGGACAAUGCAGAGAAGCUGGAACAAGCAUUUGUGUCAGCGUGAACAGAAGUCCUGAUCAACAGACCAUGACUGAAUGCGAGGCUGGCAUCCUCAGAUGCAAGGGAGAGAAUGUCAGUGUUAUUAGCAUAAGACCUUGUGUUACACAACAAAGUUUCCAAUAAUUAAUGACAUCAGUAAUAGAAUUGAGUGUACAAUGUGAUGAACAAUGAAGGGGCAAAAAAAUGGAGACAAGGGUUCUAUUGAAAUUUGCAAAAUAUCUAUAUGUUAGAUGAUACAUGAAGAGAAGGGUUUGCAAAGACUUUAUUGGUGUAUAUUCUCUUUUCAAAUAAAAGUCAAAAAAAAAAUAUCAGGCUACCCAAUUGUAUAUGAAUUUUAUCCAUAUUGCAGGAGUCUCCCCAAAUUUAGGGCAGCCCACUAGGAAAAAGUGCUCAACUUUUGCUGACCAAGAACCACUUUUGGCUUAUCAGUGACAGAUUAGAGGUCACACUCCAAAAAAUAAUAGCUGAGAACAAGACCUCAAAAUUAAAUUAGUUUUAAUUUGUUUGCAACAGCUUACCUCCCAGAGUUGUGCGUGCUCCAUCACUGGAGGUCUUCAAGAAAAGAUUGGACAACCAUUUGUCCAAGAUGGUAUGAGGACUCCUGCCUUGGGCAGGGGAUUGGACUAGAAGACAUCCAAAGUCCCUUCCUACCCUUUGAUUCUAUAAUCCAGUGAUUCUAUGAAAUCUCAUUAAUGUAAUUACUUUUGGUUAUACAGUAUAUUUAAUAAUUUCCACUUUUGUCACUUUAAAAAUGAUAAUUCUGAACAAUGUUUGGAGGUCUCUGGAGGCCACAUGCAGUCCUGGGAAUUCAAGUUGAGUACUUCUGCACUAAGGGACCAAGGAAACUCCCGUUUUGGCAAGCUAGCAGUAACUGUAACGAUAAGCAUUUGGCAGGCUAACAGUUAUGUUUGGUGAUCUGCAUUCUGCCUAGCAGAUGGUUAGUUCUGGAGACCUGCCAUAACCCACAUCUAUUUCACCUUGUCUUACUAAAGUAAACAGACAGAUGGUAUGGUGGUAGACUUCUUUAACAAUCCUGAAGUAUUCAAAGACCCUGUUGAUAUUUCAUACCAAUAAAUGAUGUUUUAAAAAUU